CAGAAAGUUCCCUGAUCUCCAUCUUGUACCAAAGGCCAACCCACAAGGGCUUCCUCAACAUGAAGCUGGUCCUGGUCUUCUUGCUGGCCGCCAUCCCCAUUUGCUGCUAUGCCAGCAGUUCUAAUUGCCAUGCAAUGGAUGACGUCGUUGCACAGAUUACUAACUCAUCUGUGUCUGUGGCUGAGUUUCAGAAAGUGAUAAAGUCAUACGCACUUCUUCCUUAUGACCAAAAGGCUUUGGGUGAAGUGAAACAAUGUUAUCUAGACCAGUCAGAGGAGACUAUGGCCAAUUAUCGAGUGAUGAUGAGCAGAGAGCCUCAAGUCCACAAAGAUAUUGUGACUGAGUUCUCCUCACACGUGUACCUUCUUUUUGGAAACAGUGAGGGGAAAGGGCUGCAAAUUUCUCAAAGACCAGAAGCAGGCUCCACCCAGCAGAGUCCUUAUCCACCUUCCAGGUGCCCUGGGAAUGACAGAAUACACUUCCUGUAG